UUGUGAACAUACUCCUCUAUAAAAGCAUCAAAGGACACAAUUUUCAUUACCCCUUCCUUGUUAAUUCUCCUUCCAUGAUCUCUCAACUCUUCUUCAAGUCUUUCAAUUAUCCAGCUUUGUCCCUCAUUUUUGUGUUUGUCUACACCAUUUGCUGCUCGACAACGUUUCUAGCAAUUUGUAACAAAAAGAAGUCUCUAAAAAUCAAAAAGCAGAAAAUUGUCAAGAAGUCGGCAAGCAAUUCAAAGAAGAAACAAAAGACAACUUAUUAUGUUGAUGGGGCUAGAGCAAUUGGAAUGCUUCGGGAAUGUGAAAAGAGAUGUGAAGUAACUAUUGAAAAAGCAAGGCACAAUUAUGUGAGGGUAAUGGACAAAGCUUAUGAAGAUGCUAGAAGGGAAAUUGCUGAGUUUAAGAAGGUGAACUGUGGAAUUUUUUGA